UUAUGUUUGUUGGUGUUUGCUUUUGUUCAAUAUUAGCGACCUUUGGGUUUCCGUACAUGUUUACUGCAAUAUAGAUGUUUUUUUUAAAAACAAUAAGACAGUUAUAGAUUUUCUAGAUGUUUAAUUUUGCCUGUAAAUAAGUCUCAGUGCCCGGUGUAGUUUUGUGUUUUGGAGUGAGAGAGGAAAUUCCAGGCUGAUUAGCAUCGCAGUGUUUCUUCCUGCACUGGAACUUCAGGUGUUCUGGUGGAGGGUAUUUUCAGCAGAUUAGGGAUGGGGUCGCUCGGGAGUCGUUUUCAAGCCUCUGCCCGCCACCUAGGCGAGAUGCCGCAGCCUCACUGCGCAGGAAGCACACACACCUGUGAGUGCAAGAAGAGGAAACGAAGCUCACACUGCGAGUGUGACAGUGAGCAGGAGGAUGAGGACAGUCUGCUGGACACACCAUGCAGGAAGAAGCUAAAAAGCACGUCUAAGUACAUUUAUCAAACUCUCUUCCUGAACGGGGAGAACAGUGACAUCCGGAUCUGUGCUCUCGGCCAGGAGUGGAACCUGCACAAAGUUUACCUGUGUCAGUCGGGAUAUUUCUCUAGCAUGUUCAGCGGCUCCUGGAAGGAAUCCAACAUGAUGGUCAUUCAGUUGGAGAUCCCAGAUCAGAAUAUCGACACAGAAGCUCUACAGGUGGUGUUUGGCUCCCUCUACAGGGACGAUGUUCUGAUCAAACCCAGCCGAGUUGUCAGUAUCCUGGCUGCUGCUUGCAUGCUCCAGCUGGAUGGACUGAUCCAGCAGUGUGGUGAAACCAUGAAGGAGAACAUCAGUGUGAAGACGGUGUGUGGCUUCUACGCUGCUGCUAACAUCUACGGCCUAGACUCUGUCACGAAGAAAUGUUUGGAGUGGCUUCUCAAUAACCUGAUGACUCACCAGAAUGUGGACCUCAUGAAAGAGCUAGGGGUUGAAAUCAUCGAGCAGCUAAUUAAAUCGUCGGAUCUUUUCGUCAUGCAAGUGGAAAUGGACGUGUACACCGCUCUGAAGAAGUGGAUGUUCCUGCAGCUUAAUCCGUCAUGGGAUGGUCCUAUCAAGCAGCUACUGGUCGACGCAGACACGUGGCUAUGUAAAAGAAGAAGCGAGCUGGGAGAGGACGAGCCGUUUCUGUGCACGGAGCAGGGUUCGCCUUUUACCCCCGUUUUCAGACACAUACGCCUACAGUACAUCAUCAACGACCUGGCCUCGGCCCGCAUCCUCGAGAGGGAUAACAUCAUUCCAUCUGACUGGCUGUCCAGGAUUUACAAGCAGCAGUGGUUCGCCAUGCUUCGAACAGAGCAUGACAACGACAAUGGACCCCAAGAGGCCAAUAAGGAGGAAUUUGAGCAGAACAGCAUGCGCUGCGGUCGAAAGUUAAACAAAGAUGGCGAUUACUGCUGGAGAUGGACAGGUUUUAAUUACGGGUUCGAUCUGCUGGUCACUUAUACCAACCGCUUCAUCGUUUUCAAGAGGAAUACGCUCAGUCAGCCGUGCGGGGGCGCGGUCAGCCUGCAGCCACGACGACACAUUGCUUUCAGGUUACGGCUGGCGUCGUUUGACAGCUGCGGAAAACUGAUCUGCAGCCGAUCCACAGGCUACCAGCUGCUCACUCUGGAGAAAGAUCAGGAGUAUGUGGUGAUGAAUCUGGAUAGCCGUCUCCUGUCUUUCCCGCUGUAUGUCUGCUGUAACUUCCUGUACACGUCUCCCUCCCCUGAGCGCCGCACCGAAACCAGCGAAUCGGAAAGUAGCACCCGGAGCAAGUCGUGACGCUCCAGCCGAUAAACUGAUCUUAUGACACCAUCACUUCCUAGCACUCACUCACUUUUUUUUUUAAUUGAUUUUGUAUACUUUGCGUUAUUUUUACGUUUUUUUAAGUGUGUAUACUGAUUGUAUUAAUUAGUUUUAUUUUGAUUUUAUAUUUAUUUCAGAAUUUUAGUUUUUUUAUGAUUUUGGUAUCAUUAAACCCAAAACGAACCACAGACACAGCAAAUGCUUGUUACAAUUUAAUUUCUGUUGUUGAAAUGAGUUUUGUAUGAAGUUAACAUGCCUGUGUACUGUGUACAGCUCUGAAUUUGCCAGGCAUUCCUAUUUAUUCAAUGUUUUUGUACUGCUUAAGGAAAAAGAAACUGGUGCUUUUUUUAAAAUACAGGUUUUUCUUCCGGUGCAGCUCUACAUCAAGUUAGACAGAUAUCACUAAUGAACAAUUGGCCAUGUCAUAUAUUCCAUUAUUUUGUAAUUAGAUAAUUUUGUAAAUAUUGAUUAGUAUGUUAAAUGUAGAUGACGUGUGCUUUAUGGACCAAAAUAAAGUCAUCAUUCAGGCACAAGGAUCUAAUCAGUGCUGGCUGAUGUGUGUGUGAUCAGGAGAGAGCCUAAUCACAAAAAAUAAAAUGUAAAAAAAAAAAAAAAUGGUCAUUUAAAUGAAUGUCUUGAAUUGUCAUCUCUUUGAUUCUGCUGGGUUUUUUAUAUAUUAUAAUACAAGAAAAUGUUUUCUUUUAUCAAAUAAAUAAGUCAAAUCAACUAAAAGGUUUCACCAAUAAAGAGGGAAAAAAUCAGAAAGUGCAGAAAUCCACAAAAAACAAACCCACAGUUUAUGUACAAGUUAAAGGACGGUGAAGUCCUUCAUUAAUCUUACAGUAAAAAUUUUGCACAAAUGUUACACAGACAGAGCCAAUUUGAAGAAAAGAUUUGCUGAUUCUCUUAAACCAGACAAUCAAAAAUAAAGCGUUUCCAUUAGAGCUAUGAAACAUCAUGGUAGACUGCCAAUUAGAUUUAAUUAAUUUCAGUAGCUGUAUAUAUUGCCGUUUUAUUUCAGGCAGAUAUAUACUCAGCAAAAAAA